CAUAAAUGCGUCGUAACCGCUCCUUCGUCUUCACCUCACCUUUGGCAAAGCUUUACCGUACUACACACACUUUAUAUACAUAAGCAAAGAUGCAGACUGUCAAGGACGCCGCUAACUACGGUUGGUCUCUCUCGGAGACCGUUCAAGGCUCUGGUGCCACCGCCAGCAAGGAGGCAAACAAGAACGUCGCCAAGUCUGACGACGCAUCCCUCAGCACGCGCGCAACCGCCGCAAAGGAUGCCGUCAGCGACAAGAUGGAUGAGUCCAAGCACGACGCCAAGUACGUUUUCCCAGACCGAUUGUUGUGUCAACGUGCUGACAUUAGAUCCAGGUCCGAGGGCUACGAGCAGAAGCUCAAGAACUAAACGGUUCCCUAUCACGUUCAUCGUAAGAGCAGCACUCGUUGUACCGAUGCAUUGA